UGCCUAGUGCUAUAAAACAUUAACGCGACAGUGUGCAAUGUUUAUUACAGAGCCGUGGAUGUGAACAAAGGGCAAACAAAACCUUUGUAACCAGCUAUUGACAUACUAUUGUAAUCUACAUGAAUGCCAACCAGAAACCCAAGUCGACAGGCAUGCGCGGGUAUGGGUUUCAUGAAAAAUUGAUGGUGGAAAGCUUUGCCGGAGGGUGAGUUCUUUCUCUCGUGCAUUGCACUACGUCUGGGCAUCACUUGUCUUGUCCUUUUGUCCACACCCAACUGUCAAUCUUGAUUAUCCGCGAGCAUCUGAUUGGUCAAUAAGGCUGGAGGAGGCGUGACUAUGCAGACAAGAGACUCACACCAGCCAGUUCACCCGGAAGCACCUGUCGGUGGUGACAAGGUAGUGGCCUGGGCUGACAGGGAGGCAAGUUUAACGACAACAACCGAAGAAAGCAGCGACAUGGCGAAGAAGAAAUACCAAUUAUCAGCGGAAGCUGACAGGAAAAAGGACGAGGCGCUUUCCGAUACUACAAAUGAGAAGGCUAGUUUGGAGAGCGACCCCAAAGAACGCCAGAAGUGGUGGCAUGUUUGUGUGAAGAUUAUGGCGUGCUUUUUAGGAGGAAUUCUGUUUGGCAUCGCCCUGGAAAAAACAAGAGUUUUUGAACCAAACGUCAUCCGGGACCAGUUCGUGUACCAGCGGUUCAUCAUGAUGAAAGCGUUCCUGGCUGCCAUGGCGACAGGUUUGUUCUGCCUGGGUGUGAUGGCGCUGCUCCCCGUGACCCGGCCCGUGUUCCAGGAGAUCCGCCAGGUCUUCAUCAACCAUCAGGAGAAGGGCGUGCUGACCAGUGUGGUGGGAGGGCUGCUGCUCGGCAUGGGCAUGACCAUCAGCGGGGCGUGCCCGGGAAUGGUGUUGGCACAGGUUGGAGCAGGCGUGGGGAUGGGCUCGGCACUAUUGACCCUUCUCGGCUGCCUUGUCGGAGUUGCGCUGUAUGCAGCGGUUGAGCCAUGGGUUGUGCAGUACACCAAACCAACCGGGCCCUACAAGAAGAAACACCUUGACGACUGGGUACCGCUUCCGUAUGCCGCUCUGUCCUUUGCCUUCACGUUCGCCAUUGCACUCCUCAUCUUCGGCUUGGAGUACGUCAAACCCUGGGAGACAGAGCUAUGCGAGUACGCACAUGUCAACACAAGCUCUGUGUCAUGUGUCCAGGUACCAAACAACGGAGACUGGACUUGUUUCAUGAGCCUUAGAGCUUGGCCACCAUGGAUAGGAGGUAUCCUCAUCGGUCUGCUGCAGCUGGUGAUCACGCUGAGCGUGGGCGACACGCUAGGGGGCAGUAGUAGCUACUGUACUGUGGUGUCCCAGGUCCUGGUGACCGACAGACUGCAGCGCAUGUCCCCGUACCUCAGCAGGUACAGGACCGGUUUGGGAAACUGGUGGCAGGUGGUUUACGUCGCGGGGGCCGUAGUCGGUGCGCUGAUCUCGGCGGCCUCUUCCCAAACGCUGGGCACGGUAAAGGGCGUGUCCAUGGCGUCUGGCUUCUUCGGGGGUCUCAUCAUGCUGUUUGGUGCCCGUUUGGGGGCUGGGUGUACCAGUGGACAUGGUCUGUCCGGGACGGCACUGCUGGUGGUCAUCUCGUUCUUCGCGGUGGCGGCCAUGUUCGCGGGCGGGACCAUCAUCGGCUUCAUCAUGUGGGGUGCAGCACGGGCAGACAUGGGAAACUUCCCCCUCAACUAUGUGUCCUACUAGUCGGUACAGCGACUCUACCCGCAAAUGUGGUGCGCUUGGGGCACCAGUGUGGCACUGCGGGGUUCGUUCACUGCGGCACUGUUAUUUUCGCCGCUUUUUUAUAAUCUAUAUAUUGGGUGAUACGUAAAAGUAUGACUUAGAAGACAACAAAUUACACCAAACGUAAGAAAACUCGUCCUUUAUCUUUGAAAUUUAUUUGAAAUUUGUCUUUAGAACCCCGCAGUGUCGCACCGGUGCUCCAGUGCAGUUAGAUACCACCUUACACCAGUACGGGCUCACCGUCACACUCGUCCUAUGAUGACAAACUGAGUGCAUUCUUUGGUACAGUACUUUAUAUGCCCUACAAGGUUCAACUUUUUUGUUUGUUUCUGAAAGAGCUGUCUUAGAAAUUUGUUGUUGAAUGGUUCUGCUGGUUCAGGGACUGCUUGAAAAUAUUACGGUUUCAAACUCUUUUGACAACAUAGGACGAAUGUGACCGCUAAAAGUGGAGACCUGAGGUGAACUCUCUAUUCGGAUCCAGCCAGAGAGUCACAUGUACAGUAGAAAGUUUCAAUUCAAUGUAUGAAAGAGAAGCAGACUCGACACUUUGGAAGACUAAAGCGACGACAAGAUACAUAAUGUGUGAAAGUUGUUGAAUAUACCAUAUGCAUCAGUGAUUCUUGAUAUUGAAGCCUGCCUUGAAGACAAAAAUUUAUUGCAUUCUAGAUAUACGUUAACUUUAGCUACUCAUAGAAUGUAGAUUUUCGACUAAUAUAGAAUUUCACAUAAAGAUAUACUACCAUAAGCAGAAGAAUUGAUAGCAGAUAAGUCGAAAAAUUGUCUAAUCAGUAUGUAUCUAAUACAUUGCGAUUAUUUAGUAUGUUUUAUUACAUUGGUCCGGUAUGGCAUACGUUUCUGAAAAUCAUCUUGUACAAAAUUAAUGGAAAUAUGUUCAAGUGCCUUUGCUUUGGACCAGGCCUUAAUCCUCCUAUAUGUGUAAACAGCUGUUUUAACAAGUGAAUUCGAACUUGACAUUUGUCCCAUGUCGAAUGCUAACUCACGGUUGUUUAAGUGCUGACCUUGAUUUUCUUGUUCAUUUCAUGUUGUCGAAGAUGGAUUGUUUAUUUAUGUAACGUUGUAAAUUUGAGUUGCUGAUAUGAUGUGACAGAGUUUGGAUUUUUUAAGUGACGCCGUUAUAGAGCUUGUAGACCAGAACUACUGAUUGCGAUAGGAUGGAAGAACGUCACAGAAAGUCACUUAGUGUGGGCUCAUUAAGAACAGUCAGUUACCCGACUGAAAUAUAUGCUAUUUUUUCAGGAAAAUGCUUAUACCACAUGUAUCGAAAUAAAAUAAACCUAAAUAGGAACAGAAACAUUGAA